GUGGUGGGGGGUCUGCCACGGGGCGAGCGACCGCCACCGCGCGGGUAGAGCGCUGCAUUCUGCUCUGCUGCUUUGAAGAUUGAAGGCGAUAGUCCCGCGCCCGUGCCUCCUCCCAAGUUCACGUGACAUCUGGGCCGCCGUACCGGGCGAAAAUAACCUCAAAAAUUAUCGAGGACGUCAGUCAACUACGGGACCAAACACCUAAAGGAUGACUACUAAGAUCGUCGUCGUCGGGUCGUGCAUGACGGACUUGAACUGUUACUCCAAGCGUCUCCCAAAAUGCGGCGAGACACUGACGGGCGACAGGUUCACCAUUGGUUUCGGUGGCAAAGGAGCGAACCAAUGCAUCGCCGCGGCCAGGAUAGGCGGUCAGGACGUGGAGGCGACGCUCGUGGCGCGGGUGGGCGAUGACUCGUUUGGCACAAACUACCUCGCCAACCUCAAGAAGAACGGCAUCGACACGCGAUUCGUAAAAAGCACUCCUCAUCUGCACACUGGCGUCGCCCAAAUUUCAGUUAGCGAAACAGGAGAGAACACCAUCAUUAUUGUGCCGGGGGCCAACACGGCUCUCAGCCCCGGGGACGUGCGCGACGCCCAGGAUCGCGUCGUGGAGGCGGAUGUAGCCCUCUUCCAGUUUGAGACUCCCAUCCCCACCACCUUGGAAGCGUUGCGGCUCAGGAGGGCGGCGGGCAAAGGUACAUCCAUUGUAAAUGCAGCCCCCGUGAUAGCAGACUUCGAUGCUGACAUUUACAGGCUGAGCGACAUUUUCUGCGUCAAUGAGACUGAGGCCGAGUUGCUUACGGGAGUGGCCUUGUCCGAAGCUCCCGAGGGGGACGGACUGGUUCUGGCGGCGGGGAAGGCCGCAGAGGCCCUGCUGCAGAAAGGCUGCCACCUCGUCAUCCUCACCCUGGGGAAGCACGGCGCCGUGGUUCUGGACCCUAAGGAAUGCAACAAGCCCCAGCACAUUGCCGCCAAACCUGCAAAAGCCGUGGACACAACGGGUGCUGGAGAUGCCUUCUUGGGCGCCCUAGCUUACUUCCUUGGUGCUCGGAAGGAUCUAAACCUCCUGGAGCAGGUACGAAGAGCAAUGCAUUAUGCCACCCUUUCCGUAGAAAAGCCUGGCACUCAAGAUAGCUUUCCCUGCCGAGAAAAUUUAUCGUCAGACCUAUUAAAAUAGAGAGGGAAGUGCAUGGUGCACAAACUUGGAAUAAGCUUUACCAAAAGGAUAGAUGUACAAUAUACAAAGAGUAAAUACAACACAAAGUAGAUUGA